GGGGCCGGGGGGGCGGGGUCCCAGCUCUGUGCUCGCGCCCCCAGCGUGCCAGUCCCGGGGCUGCAGGGAGCGCAGCGCGCGCGGCCCGGGCCCCGGCCAACGGACGCCCUACCGGACACGACCCUCCCUGGAGCUUGGACAACUGCCCACCUCGGACGCUGCACCGGACACUGCCCCCCACAGGGCUGGACACUCCAACGGACACUACUUCCCAGCUCCGGACAUUGCUCCCUCCUCUCCCGGGGCCCUGGACGCUUUUCCCCCUCCCCCAUCCGGGGGCCCAGACACUGAGCCCCCCUCAGCGUCUGGCUAGCGUCCCCUUGCACCCCAGCCCAGGACACUGCCUCCUCCCUGUCCUCUUCUCCCUUCUGCUCCUCCCACCUCAUCUUUCCCCUGCUCGGGUCGGAGCCCCGCCAGUUCCUCCGACCCCCUGCUGCUCGGCCGCGGCUGCCCGCGCCCCCAUCCCCAGCUCCUCGCCCGGAUGCCUCUCCCCGGGGGACUGUGGUGGCUUCUCUGCUGCCGUCGAGGCUUCACUCUUCUGCACCGGGACUACGGGGACGGCGAGCUUAGCGGGGACGGGGACGAGGACGAGGACGAGGAAACCUUUGAGCUGCGGACCCCGAGUCCAGCGGGCGGCGGGAGGGGUCCCCUGGAAGUGACGCUGACUCAGCCAGUGAGGAGCGGGCCUGGCUCCAACAGGCUGCAGAGCUGGGAGGAGACUUGGAGCCUCAUCCCGGAGAAAGGGCUGCCGGAGGACGACCCGGACAUCGUUGUGAAAGGUUGGCUGUACCGGGAGCCCCGCGGAGGAGGGGCGCGGCCCUGGCUGCCCCCGCGCCGAGCCUGGUUUGUGCUCACGCGGGACUCCCUGGAUCAGUUCAGCAGCAGCGGGAAAGGGGCGCGGCGUCUCGGGAGCCUCGUGCUCACCAGCCUGUGCUCAGUGACUGGCCCAGAGCGCAGGCGUAAGGAGACAGGUCUGUGGUCAGUGACUGUGUCUGGUCGGAAACACAGUGUCCGCCUCUGCUCCCCACGCCAGGCAGAGGCUGAGCGCUGGGGGGUGGCAUUGCGGGAAGUGAUCGCCUCCAAGGCACCCCUGGAGACCCCCACCCAGCUACUGCUCAGGGACAUACAGGAAAGUUGCGGGGACCCAGAGGCCGUUGCCCUCAUUUACCUGAGGAACCCGAUUCUGAGACACACUAGUGGAGCCUUGUACGCCCCGCUCCUGCCCCUGCCCUAUGGAGUCAGCGCCCCAGGUCCGGGCUAUGCACCCCUGCGCGAGGAGGCGGUGCGGCUGUUCUUGGCGCUGCAGGCGCUGGAGGGGGCGCGGCGCCCUGGGCCCUUGAUGCAGGGUGUGCUCCAAACCUGCCGGGACUUGCCCGCGCUCCGGGAUGAACUCUUCCUGCAGCUGGCUAAGCAGACCUCCGGCCCUGCAGGCCCCCCCGGGCUCCCGGCUACCCAAGACCCUGCGGCCCUGCGGUACUGGCAACUCCUCACCUGCAUGAGCUGCACCUUCCGACCUGGGGGAGCUGUGCGGGGGCACCUCCUGGGGCACUUGGAGAGGACCGAGCAGGCACUCCCGGACUCGGAACUUGCGGAAUAUGCGCGCUUCAUCCGGAAAGCGCUGGGCCGGACGCGCGGCCGAGAGCUGGUGCCCUCGCUGGCGGAGAUUUCCGCGUUGAGCCAACGGCAGGAGCUGCUGUGUACCGUGCACUGUCCGGGGGCUGGUGCCUGUGCUGUGGCCAUCGACUCCCACACCACGGCGGGGGAGGUGGCUCGAGAGCUGGUGGGGCGGCUGGGCUUGGCCCGGAGCCGCAACGCAUUCGCGCUGUACGAGCAGCGAGGCGCCCAGGAGCGAGCCCUGGCUGGGGGGACCCUCGUGGCCGACGUGCUCACCAGGUUUGAGAACUUGGCCGCGGAGGAAGCUGGGUUGGAGGACUCGCCUGACUCCGGGUGGAGACUAUGUCUGCGUCUUCACGGACCUCUGCACCCUGAGGGGCUGUCCCCAGACGGUCACGAACUGCCUUUCCUCUUUGAGCAGGCUCACGCUCUGCUGCUGCGGGGCCGGCCGCCCCCACCCGACGACACGCUGCGCGCCCUGGCGGCGCUGCGCCUGCAGAGCCUGCACCGGGACUUCUCUCCGCGGGUGCCCCUGCCCCGCCUGGACCGCCUGCUCCCGCCCCCGGCCCCGCCGCGCGAAGACCCGCCCCGCCCGACCCCCAGGCCGCCCCCUUCCGCUGCCCUGCUGGCCGGGGCGCUCUGGAGCCCGGGCCCGGCCAAGAGGCGGGCGGAGCGGGCCCGGCGCGGCGGGGCCGGCCGCACUGCGGGAAGCAUUGCCCGCGAGGGAGGAGGCGGCGCCGGCACGGCAGCUGCCGUGCUGGGCGGCUGGAAGCGGCUACGGGGCAUGGGCCGAGCUGAGGCCAUGGCCGCCUACCUGGCCCUGGCGGCGCAGUGUCCGGGGUUCGGCGCUGCUCGGUAUGACGUUCUGGAGCUGAGCACGGAGCCUGGUGGGGGUGCUCCACAGAAGCUGUGCCUGGGCUUGGGAGCCAAGGCCAUGUCCCUCUCCCGGCCGGGGGAGACAGAGCCCAUCCACAGUGUCAGCUAUGGCCAUGUGGCCGCCUGCCAACUAAUGGGCCCCCACACCCUGGCCUUGAGGGUAGGAGAGAGCCAGCUCCUCCUGCAGAGCCCCCAGGUGGAAGAGAUCAUGCAGCUGGUGAAUGCCUACUUGGCCAACCCCUCCCCCGAGAGGCCCUGCAGCAGCUCUUCUCCUCCAUGCCAAGACCUGCCAGACACCUCCCCUCCCAGCCAGCGCCCGGGCCUGGACGAGCCCCAGGGACAGUCUGGCUGCUUGGGGCAGCUGCAGGACUGAGCCUGCCAGGAGGUCACGACUUUCCUCCUGCCUGCAGCCUGGGCCAGGACUGCUCUGAGAUUUGAGGGAAACAUGGACCCUUUUGGCCCUGCAGGGACAGGGCACAUCCCACACCCAAGGGCUACAAUGGGUGUGGGCAAUUUUCUAGUUUGUUUCUUAAUUUAUUUGUAGAAGAGAAGCAAAAAAAAAAAAAAAAAAGGUUUCUUAUUUACACAAA